AUGGGCAAAACUAUCAUGAAACCGGCAACGUUUGAUGGCACAUCCUCUUGGAUAGACUAUAAAGCUCACUUUGAAGCCUGCUGUAGUAUUAACACGUGGAAUCCUCGACAGAAGAGCUUAUACUUGGCAGCGUCUUUAAGGGGACAAGCACAGACUGUCCUUGGUAACAUGAAAACGAGUACAACGUGCACAUAUGAAGAUAUAUGCGAAGCAUUAGAGGCUAGAUUUGCUCCUACAAAUCAAACCGAACUGUACCGAGCAAUGUUGAGGGAAAAACGCCAAAAAGCGACAGAGACUUUACCAGAGCUAGGGGAAAGUAUGCGUCGUUUGACUCAUCUUGCAUACCCUACAGCACCAAGGGAGGUAACUGAAAUGAUUGCCAAAGACCAGUUUGUUGAUGCAUUGUCUGAUUUUGACAUGCGGCUCCGUAUUCAACAGUCUCGACCCAAAUCUUUAAAUGAUGCUGUGAGAUUAGCAGUCGAAAUAGAAGCGUUUUGCAGAGCUGAGCGUCAACGUAGGCAUGAUGUUGGAUUUGCUCGAGGUGCUGUAAAGGACCAAGUAGAUACAACUACCUAUACAGGACAGAGUAGCAUGGGUGUAAAUGAAGAAGUUCUUAAGCUUCGUCAGGAAAUUCAACAGUCCAUGAAAGAUUUGGAGAAUAAGAUAUCAAAAUUGUCUGCAAGUAAGGGGUCGUCCGAGUCUACUGAUACAGGGCAUUUCAGUAGUUUUCCUUUCAAAUGUCAUCAUUGUGGGAAACGCGGGCAUAAGAUAAAAGAUUGUUAUAUGAAGCCAAGGUCAAACCAAGAACAGACACAAAAGAAUUCUGUUAAAUCCAAAGCAGAUAAACAUUCCGAAAGUCAGUUCAAGGGCAAAGGCUAUGAAACAACAUCUAAUACGGCUACUAUAAAGAACGCUACAGUGGGUACAGAAUCUGGUUUGUUUAUCAAUGCGUUUGUAAACAUGGUUCCAUGUAAUUUGCUAGUUGACACCGGUGCAACAUUAACAAUUCUUGCUGACAGAAUAUUUAAUGAGAUAGAAAGGACAGAUCCUUGUUAUUUGGAACCAGUUCCACAAAACAUUGUGGGCGCAGAUGGAACUCCCUUAGAAGUAAAAGGAAAAGGAAAUUUCAAAAUCCAGCUAGGGGAAUAUAAGUUUUGA